UUGGUUUCUACCUCUGUUUAGGAGUACUCUACUCCACGCCCAACAAAGAAGUCCAGGAGUCAGAUUUUUGAAGAGGUGGUUGGUAGCUCCAAAGAGAAGAAAAACGAAUUAAUUGUCAAAGAGAAGACAACAGAAUUAGUUGUCAAAGAUAAGACAACAGAAUUAAUUGUCAAAGAGAAGGCAACACUUGAUUUAGGGUCCAAAGAGAAGACAACACUGAAGUUAACGGCCAAGGAAAAUUCAUGCUCAAAUAAGUUGGAGUCGAAAUCGAAGUCGAAGAACUCUAAGACGGCCAAAGAGAUGGUAGGUAGUUGUGAUCGUAAAACUGAAGAAUCAGCCGCCAAAAGUAAGAAGCAAAAUUUGGCAGACGACACAAUUCAAGGUCUUGGCCCAUCAUGCAAUUAUUUGAAGUUUAUCAUCAAUACGGCGCCCGGUGAUGUAUAUAAAAAUACUUCAAUCCCAUUGCCCGCUUCGGUUUGGCAUUAUGACGAAGAUCGACAAACUUAUGUAAAUGAGGUUGACGUUGAAGAGUUCCUUAGAGGGGCGUGCCUCAACAUUUCAGUGAUCCAAGUCUAUAUGAUGUGUUUAUUCCACGAACACACCUUUGCAUUUGACAACUCUCAGAUUGGGUUUGUUUGUCCCGAGGCAAUGUCAAGCUCUAGAAUCAAGGCCAACCCUCAGGCUGCAUCAAUGUAUUUGAAAGUAGUUUUCAAUGCUGAAAUUGAAAAGGAGAAGAAGGGUGAUCCUAACAUUACCAAGUGGUUUUUGAUCCCAUACCAUCAAGAAAAUCAUUGGAUUUUGUACGUGUUAGACCUACGUAGAGGUUGUGCGUAUAUUUUCGACUCUGCGAUAGGUUCCAACCGAGAAAAUAGUGCAUGGGGAAUCUUGUGUUUGGCAUACCAAGUGUACAAGUUUAAUGAUGGGAUUUGUCCGAAUAGAGCGACUAUGCAGGGGUUGAAAGGCUUCCAUGUAAAGGUAUAUCAUGCUUACUAAUUAGCUUUACUUUUUUUUUUGGGUAACUACUUGGAUAUAUAAUUUAUGAUUUAUCUCCAAAUCAGUGUGCU